AAAAAAAUCGUUAAAACUUCACAAAAUGUGUUGCUCCAGUCAAAGCAUACUUUCGCCACAAUGUGCAGCACAAAGUGUUGGCACAGCAAAUCAACUUUUUGCUUCGUUAGUACAAACGAUCUUAGCUGCCCACUGUUCAAUUUCGCCGCCUGAAAUGUGGCCGCCAGACUAUGGACCGAAGGCCAUAGAAAACGGUUUGGAUGACGAUUUUAGUUUUAUUGUAAUCGGUGCAGGUUCAGCAGGUUCGGUUCUUGCAAGUCGCUUGAGUGAAAAUCCAAAUUGGAAAGUUUUAUUAUUGGAAGCGGGAGGUGAUCCACCAAUUGAAUCUGAAAUUCCAGGAAUGUCAUUUUCACUUCAAAAAACCCGUGUCGAUUGGCAAUUCAAUGGAAUUUCAAAAACUGCAUGCAAAGCUAUGGUCGAUGGGUGUUACUGGCCACGCGGUAAGGUUUUAGGUGGAUCGUCAACUAUAAAUUCAAUGGAAUAUGUUCGUGGUAUCGCCAAGGAUUAUGAUUAUUGGGCGGAGCUUGGAAAUUUCGGAUGGGAUUUUGAAAGUGUUUUACCAUUUUUCAAGAAAUCAGAAAAUCAGCAACAAAAAACAUUCGUUGAAUAUGAAAAUGGUCGGUAUCACAGUAACAAAGGGCCGAUGAAGGUGGAUUUUCUUGGCCCAAUAGGCGAUAUUGAAAAAAUAUUCAUUGCAGCAGCCAAUGAAAGUGGAAUUCCAUUUGUAGAUGAUAUUAAUGCUGAUAAGCAUCAUGGAUUUAUAAGUAUGCAAGGAACAAUUGCAGACGCGCGAAGACAAAGUACGGCAAAAGCAUUCUUAAUGCCAGCAAAAAAUCGACGUAAUUUAAAAAUUAUCAAACAUGCUUUUGUCGAGAAAAUUCUUAUUGAUGAAAAUAAACGAGCUUAUGGUGUGCAAUUCGUAGUUGGUGAAAAUUGCAAAACGUGUGGAAAUUGUAAAAAUCGAAUGAUAGCUCGUGCACAAAAAGAAGUUAUUCUAUCAGCUGGCGCUGUGAUGAGUCCCAUUUUGUUGAUGUUAUCUGGUGUCGGACCGGCUAACGAGCUCGCAAACCGGAGCAUUCCGGUUAAAAGUGAUUUGAUUGGAGUUGGACAAAAUUUAUUCGAUCACAUUUAUGCUUUGUUGAUAUUUAAAUUUGAUGCAGUUCCUUCAUCACCAACAGAUUCACUUGAUUAUUUAUACCAAUUUUUGACAAAAAACGCAGGACCAUACGCUCUUCCCACACAAAUGGCUGCAUUUUUAAGCACUACAAACGACACAUCCACUCCCGACAUUGAGUUAUAUGUUUACUUUUUUCCACCGAAUUCACCAGAUUUUGCAAAUCUAAUCGAACUAAUGAAUUAUCAACCGGAAAUUAAACAGCAUUUGUAUGAAACAAACGCAAAAUUUAGUAUGGGUAUUGUUCUCCCCGUUCUAUUGCAUCCCAAGUCUAGUGGUUUUGUCAAAUUGAAUGGAACUUGUGCUCAUAAUAAACCGAAAAUCUUUCCCAAUUAUUUUAAACAUCAAGACGAUAUCGAUAGACUUGUUGUAUCGAUAAAACAACAAGUUGCAUUCACUUCGACAAAGGCAUAUCAAUCAUUUGGAGGCGAAUAUUUAAGGUUGCCGAUUCCAAAAUGUGAUCAAUUAACGUACGAAAGUGACGAAUAUUGGCGGUGUUAUAUUAGUUACAUGAGCAUGAGUGACUAUCAUGGUGUUGGCACAUGCAAAAUGGGACCGAUUACUGAUCGCUCCGCUGUUGUGGAUGCAAGGCUGAAUGUAUACAAUAUUUCGAGCUUGAGAGUUGUCGAUGCAUCAAUAUUUCCAUACACAGUUUCUGGUAACACAAAUGCCGCUAGCAUUAUGGUCGGCGAAAAGGGUGCAGAUAUGAUUAAAGAAGAUUAUUUGUUGUAAAUGUCCAUGAAAUGAGAAAAUAUAUUUUUUCGCUGAACUAAAA